UGCACAUGCUGGUAGCAUUUACCAUCAGCAGCUCAGAUGAGAACUGUGGUAUUACUGGUAUUAUCUCUGUGGAACACAUUUUUCUGCAUUCUGGAUUUGAUGAGCCACCAUGAAGAGGAAACUCUUUGGCUAUAAAAUAUGUUGCAGUUUUGGAUGGGAAUUAACCUAAGCUGUUUGAAAGAUUAACAAGGAGUGGCUGUUUUUGUUGUUGCUCAACACUUGAGUGUCAGAGAUCAUUUCUCACUUCCAGCAACAAUGGACUUGACUUUGUGGCAGUACCAGUUCAGGAUUAUCAUGCUGGGGGACUCCACCGUGGGCAAAUCAUCCCUGCUGAAGCGCUACACCGAGGACUUGUUCCUGGAGUCCAUCAACCAGACAGUGGGUGUUGAUUUUUAUGUUCACUUCCUGGAGGUGGAGCCAGGAGUCCGGGUCAAACUGCAGUUCUGGGACACAGCUGGGCAGGAGAGGUUCAGAUCAGUGACCCGUUCCUAUUAUCGCAACUCAGUCGGUGGCCUCCUGGUGUUUGACAUAACCAACCGGCCAUCGUUUGACCAUAUAAAGAAGUGGCACACUGAGGUGUGUGAGCAAGUUCAGCCACAGAAGGUUCUGUUUGCCUUGGUGGGUCAGAAGAUUGAUCGGGACGCUCACAAAGAGAGAGCAGUGAGCCAUGAAGAGGCCCAGAAACUGGCCGGACAGCUGGGGAUGCCCUACGUCGAGGCCUCUGCGAAGACGGGACAAAACGUGAAGGAGUCAUUCGAGCUCCUCACUCGUCGGGUCUACCAGGGUCUGUUGAGCGGGGAAAUAGAACUACAGGAGGGGUGGGAUGGUGUCAAGUGUGUUGCCCCACAAGCACUGCAGUUACAAAGAAAAAGUGUGUCUAAACCCAGCUCACCGACCAAGAAGAAGAACCAGUGCUGCGGGUAAAUACAGGACUGACAUAUAAACUUAUGCUACUGUAGGAGUAAAAGUGGCUGUUGGCAAGUUGGAUUUAUGGUGGCAAUGUGAUGUGCGACCACCCUAAAAGACAUUCAAAAUGUGUUUUUGUAUCUCUAUGGCGUCGAAAGACCUAAAUAUGUAUAAUCAUGACAUAAUAUUGAAAGCCGCAGUGAUUGAUUUAGAACAUAUUACUACUACUAAUAAAAAAAUGUAUUACUUUUA